CCAGUAGAGUUUAACGAGCACUCCCUGCCAAAAGGCUCCGUGAAAGAGCCUCCGUGACCUGCCAGCACUCCUCUCCUGUCCUCGUCAACUCUGCCAGCAGCUUCGAAUUCCGUCCCCCGGACCUCCUCGCUUCGCCAUGCCGGCCGCCGCACUCAGGCAGCAACUCAACGACCACGUCGGCCACAUGUACGCCACGGGAAUUCUGGACGAAUAUUACCAACAGCUGCAGUUGACGCAGGACGAGGUCAUCAACAUCUUCUUCCACGACGCCGACAGGAUGCUCAAUGACAUCACCAGUCUUCUGAACCUGCCCAUCGUCGACUUCGAAAUGGUGGGCGAACUGGUGCACCAGCUCAAGGCGUGCAACUGCAGUGUUGGUGCUACGAAAGUUAACCUUGCCUGCGAGCACUUUCGCCAGUUCUACGGGGCAAAAAGCAAAGAAGGGUGUCUCAUGGCAUUGAAUCUUCUUAGGAAUGAGUUCUAUGAUCUGCGCGGCAGGCUACGGACCAUUAUGCAGUUGGAGCAGCAGAUAUGCAGCCUUGGGUCCUAAGUAGUAGUAAUUGAAACCAAAAGAGCAUAGCCCCGUGUGAUCUGGAAUGAUGCGGGGGAUGUAUCUCUCAAGAUGUAGGCAGCAUUCAGUGGUUGCUGGGCUUUGGAGGGGGCGCGUGGAAUCACAUGACGAUUCUUGCUUCAACACUCCGGGCUCGCGGCCACUCUGCAAAUGGAACUUGUUGUCUUGUGUGUCGAUGUCUUUGUCUACCAAAACUGUAUACUUGUGUGUCAUGGAUGGCCUGCUGGCUGUGCGUAAACUCUAUAUUUGGUUCGUUGCUUUU